ACAAACUUUUUUCUGUCUUUGUAGUUGUUAGUUGUUGUGGUGGUGGUUGUCACUUUGGACUAAUGUCGGGUAGCCUUCUCUCUAUUGGAAGAACAGCCGCGAUUAUUGUGGUUAAAACGUGAUUAUGUAAAUUCACAGUCCAAAUGGCAUGAUGCCACCCAAGGAGACACCAAAACAGAUGGAGAAGUAAAUAAACAAAAUUCGCGUAGCCCAGGUAGCGGGAGGAAGACACACCGUGGCAAGAAGAGCAAAGACCAUUAAUGGGGGGAAAAAGCAGAUGUCAUGCCGGCAAGAUUACGAGUGGUUGGUUGGUUGGCCCACCACAGCAUCGCACAGUCCUCAUUUACUGUGUAUGGAGAACACAAACCCCUCAAUGUUUUCUUCUUUCUCCCCAGAGCAUACAUCCCUUCCCCCUCCUCCCAUAUUCUCAUGAAUGGAAAUGAAGAAACGAGAAGAACACCAAAGAAGAGGGGGAGAGAGGAUACUGCUAUGGACCUCAAAAAGACGGUGACUGACAGUCUCCAUUCUUCGCCGUUCCCACCGAGUGGUUUAUUGAAGCCUGUCACCGGUCAAGUGACACAAGCGGUGACCAAUCCAUCUCUAGACCCCUUUUUUGGCAUCUGUAUGGCCUGUCAUCAAAACCGGAUCUUAAUAACGAGUGUAAACAGUACACAGGUCGUAGGUGCGGUGUAGCUGAUCAUACGCGUCUCGGCUCCAGACUUGACCAACUUCAAGACAUGGCUUCUCCGUCCAUGACCCAUCACCCGCCACCGUGACAGGAAUGGAAAUCCCCAAAUCUUCCUAUCAAGAAGAGCAUCCUACUCCGUGCAUAACAGUACUACUGUAUAUGGGAAAUGAUCACGCCAAUGAAGCCACUAUCUAUGCUGCUUUGAGUAUGUAGUGGAUGGAAGCAUUGUCCGUUCAAAGUUUGGCCAUUAUGCCCGCCUACUAAUGCCGCCUGUGAGGGUUGAUGAUCCUCCCCGUCAUCAAAGUAUCCAGCGAUGACAUCUUAUCAUAAGAUCGGCUAUGAUCACCCCACAUUGCAAGGGUAAAGCGGAAAAUGCCUGGUAAAUGAGUCUAUCUGCGGUUCCCUCGUCUCAAGAAUUGGUGUAUCCAGUGGCGAACUGAACUCUUUGCAUGUAAAAAAAGAGAGAGGGA